AUGUACCGUGUCCGGCCGACUACCCUGGUGCGCGGCACCACCCUCGCCCAGCGCGCCGUGCAGCAGCCGCAGAUCGCUUCUGUGGCCCGCCGCGCUGCGUCCACCCACGCCAUCUCGAACCCGACUCUAGCCAACAUCGAGAAACGAUGGGAGGGCCUACCACUCCAGGAGCAGGCCGACCUUUGGAUGGCCUUGCGCGACCGCAUGAAGGGCAGCUGGAAGGAGCUCACCCUCCAGGAGAAGAAAGCUGCUUACUGGAUCGCUUUCGGUCCCCACGGUCCCCGCUCCCUGCCGCCGCCGGGUGAGGGCAAGAAGGUUGCCCUGUACACCGUCUUCGGUGUCGGUGCCUCGUUGCUGCUGUUCGCCGGCUUGCGCCUGUUCGCCGGCCCCGCGCCACACACUAUGAACCGCGAGUGGCAGGAGGCUUCCAACGAGCGUUUGCUGGAGCAGAAGGCCGACCCAUUUACCGGAAUCGCGUCCGAGGGCUACAAGGGCAAGAGCCAGAUCCAGUCGCCUCCCAAGCAGUAA